AUGGCAACACAGACUGCGGCCCCCGUGCGCAGCCAUCCAGCAGCUUCCAGCCGUGGUGCUGUGGAAAAGGGGCAAGGAACAGUGGCAAUGGUAGGAGCUGUGGGCGUCAUGGCCGCCAUGUCCAUGGGACGUGCCCGGAACACCCCAAAGAGUUCCUCCCGGGCGAGUGCUGCGCGGGUUGUCGCAAAGGCGUCCAAAGUGGACUGUGUGUGCAUCUUGGGCAGCGCCGGCGCGGUGGGUCAGGAGAUGCUGAAGUGCCUGGAAGAUCGCGACUUCCCCACAGAGAAGGUGCGGCUCUUUGGAAAUCGAUCGGCCGGGACCACCGUGAAGUCUGAGAAGUUUGGAGACAUUGUGGUGGAGAAGUUCUCGCUUGAAGCGGUGCAGGAGUGCGACAUUUGCCUCAUGGCUGUCUCAGGCGACUUCUCCUUGGAAUGGGCUCCCAAGAUUGCGGGCGGACCUAAGAACACGCAGGUGAUCGACAACUCAUCUGCCUGGCGAUAUGACAAGGAUAAGCCCCUUGUGAUUCCAGAGAUCAACGGAGAGGGACAAGUUAGCGCGCCGUUGAUCGCCAACCCCAACUGCACCACUGCAGUGGGUGCCAUGGCCUUGUGGCCCAUCCAUCAGAAGUACAAGCUCAAGAAGGUGCUCAUGUCCACGUACCAAGCUGCCAGUGGAGCUGGCGCUGAAGGAAUGGCUGAGCUGGAAAAUGGUUUGGCCACCUGGGUGAAGGAAGGCGAGGUGCCAAAGCCCGAGUUCUUCGCGCACCAGCUGCCCUUCAACGUGAUCCCACAGAUCGACAAGUUCCAGGAGAACGGUUACACCAAGGAAGAGAUGAAGGUGACCUGGGAAUUGCAGAAGAUCUUUGGUCUCGAUGACGAUGUGAAGGUGUCCUGCACCGCUGUGCGCGUGCCAACGCUCCGGGCGCACUCUGAGUCCAUCACGGUGGAGACGGAGGAGCCCAUCUCCCCAGAUGAUGUGCGAGAGCUCCUAAAGUCGGCCCCAGGUGUUAAGGUGGUCGAUGAGCCAGAUUCCCUGCAGUAUCCCAUGCCCCUGAAUGCCACUGGAAACUACGACGUGGAGGUCGGCCGCAUCCGUCAAUCCAUCGUCUUCGGUGACAAGGGCAUUGAGUUCUUCCUGUCUGGCGACCAGUUGUUGCGGGGGGCAGCACUCAAUGCGGUGAUCAUCGCGGAGAAAGCUGUGAAGGACCGGUGA